CUAACUAACUAUAAAUAUAUGUAUUCUUGUGCAGCAAAAAAUAAGCAUAAAGAUGCAACUGGAUUGUGACAAAUGCAGAAGCAAGGCACUCAAGCUUGCAUCUCAAGAAAAAGGUGUAAGCUCAGUGGCAUUGGAAGGUGAUGAUAGAGACCAACUGGUGGUGACUGGAAAAGUUGAUGCGGUGUGUUUGGUUAGGGUUCUUAGGAAGAAGUUUAAAUAUGUAAACCUCAUGAGUGUCCAAGAAUUGAAGGAGAAAGAUGAUAACAAAUGCAAGCAACAUAAUCCUUCUGCUCCACCAUCUGCUCCUUAUUGCUACUAUCCGGUUUAUUAUAAUUCUCAUCCAUCUCCGAAUAAUUGUUCCAUCAUGUGACGAAUUAUACUGAUUAUGAUAUUAAUAUAAUUAAUGAUGAUAAUAAUUAUUAUUUACUAGGUCUUCUC